AUUUAUGAUUUAUGAGUAAAUGUAUUGAGACAGAUAGAUACAUAUAUACAUACAAAGAGCAUCUCAUCCCCCUCUGACCAUCAAGGAGAGAAGAAGAACCCUAGUCAUUUCUCGCGAACUGAUUGAUCUGCGUGGGCAAAUCAAUCUAUCAAUUACUUCAGUUGUCGAUUCAGACAGUUUGAAGUUUCAGCGAAGAUGGAUGAAGAGUACGAUGUGAUUGUGCUGGGUACGGGUCUGAAGGAAUGCAUCCUCAGCGGUCUUCUAUCAGUCGACGGCCUUAAGGUUCUGCAUAUGGAUCGCAAUGACUACUAUGGUGGGGAGUCAACUUCACUCAAUCUUAUUCAGCUGUGGAAGAGGUUUAGAGGAAGUGAUAAGCCUCCUCCUCAAUUGGGUUCAAGCAGAGAUUAUAACGUCGACAUGAUUCCUAAGUAUAUUAUGGCCAAUGGUGCUCUUGUGCGGGUCCUUAUUCAUACUGAUGUCACUAAAUAUUUGUAUUUCAAAGCUGUUGACGGCAGCUUUGUGUACAACAAAGGAAAGAUUCACAAGGUGCCUGCAACUGACAUGGAGGCCCUCAAAUCUCCUCUCAUGGGUAUCUUUGAAAAACGACGUGCGCGGAAAUUCUUCAUCUACGUCCAAGAUUACAAUGAAAGCGAUCCUAAAACACAUGAGGGAAUGAAUUUGACAACAGUUACAACUAGACAACUCAUAGCGAAGUAUGGUCUUGAUGAUAAUACUGUUGACUUUAUCGGUCAUGCAUUGGCUCUCCAGCGAGAUGAUCGUUACUUGGAUGAACCAGCAAUAGACACUGUGAAAAGGAUGAAACUUUAUGCAGAGUCUCUAGCACGUUUUGCUGGAGGAUCACCAUACAUCUACCCUUUGUAUGGCCUUGGGGAGCUUCCUCAGGCAUUUGCUCGUCUUAGUGCCGUGUAUGGUGGGACUUACAUGCUGAAUAAACCUGAAUGCAAGGUAGAGUUCGACGAGGAAGGCAAGGUAUGUGGUGUUACAUCAGAAGGAGAAACAGCCAAGUGCAAAAAAGUUGUAUGCGAUCCUUCCUACCUUUCCAACAAGGUUAGAAAGGUCGGCAAAGUCGCCAGAGCCAUUGUUAUCAUGAGCCACCCAAUUCCGAAUACCAAUGAUUGUCACUCAGCACAAGUUAUCCUACCUCAGAAGCAGUUGGGUCGCAAAUCAGACAUGUAUUUGUUUUGUUGCUCUUAUUCCCACAAUGUUGCUCCCAAAGGGAAAUUUAUUGCGUUUGUCUCGACUGAAGCGGAAACUGAUGACCCGGAGAGUGAACUAAAGCCCGGUAUUGAUCUUCUUGGGCCCGUGGACGAGAUAUUCUUCGAGACCUAUGACCGAUUCGAACCAGUCAACGAGCCUUCUCUGGACAAUUGCUUUAUAUCAGCAAGUUAUGAUGCCACCACUCACUUUGAGUCGACUGUCGUGGAUGUGCUGAAUAUGUAUACCUUGAUCACUGGAAAGGUUCUUGAUCUUAAUGUGGAUCUAAGUGCUGCGAGUGCUGCUGAAGAAUGAGGAGGACUUUGUCGAUUGUUCUUGCACUUGCUUGUGUUUCGUCCUGCUAAAUGUUGUUUUAAGUAUAAACCACUGAUAUAACUUGCCUUUGUAAAAUCGGAGAUUUGAACAAUUAUUACCCGUUUGUUUAUGCUGGAGCUGCUUGACAUUUGUUUAGAUUGUCUUCUGUUGUUCGUUCGAAUUAUUCCCUUGUGUUUUUUUUUUAUCUGUUCUGUUAUAAGUACUGUUGGUUUAGUGUGUAUUAUGAAAAAUUGUAAGAUGAGUGGCAUUGAGUUUUUUUGGGUUGGGU